GAAAAUGUUGCAUAACCUUGUGUAUGAUUCAUUGAUUCCUUAUUAGAUCUCCAAUUUCAGCUAUAGCUACAUCACAUCACAGCCACAUAAACAUGUCAAUUCAAAACCAUGACCAAAUCACCUAUACAACAAGUGUCUUCACUCCACAGUCCUUAUAGGCUGCAUGCUUGCAUCAUUCUACACACUCUCACUGACCGUUUCCUUGGCCGUUAAUUCUGGUAUUUUAUAAAGACCAAACGAAGCUCUCACAGUUUUCCCUCACUUUUAAAUUUUAACCGAAGUAUAGACAUAGAAACAGAAUAUCAAGAAGCACAUUGGUUCUGAUUCCUGAAGUUAUAAUAAUGCCAAUCUAUAGAAUUGCAAUUGGGUCUCCUGGUGAGGCUGGCCAGCCUGAUGCAAUUAGAGCAGCAUUUGCAGAAUUCUUCUCCAUGCUUAUCUUUGUUUUUGCUGGCCAAGGCUCUGGCAUGGCUUACAGCAAAAUUACCAACAAUGGACCUGCAACACCUGCUGGUCUCAUAGCUGCAUCACUUUCUCAUGCAUUUGGGCUUUUUGUGGCUGUUUCUGUUGGGGCAAACAUUUCUGGUGGCCAUGUGAACCCUGCAGUCACAUUUGGGGCUUUCAUGGGAGGAAACAUAACCCUGUUGAGAAGUAUUUUGUAUUGGAUUGCUCAGUUGCUUGGUUCAGUUGUUGCUUGCAUCCUCCUCAAGUCUGCAACUGGUGGAAUGGAAACAUCAGCUUUUGCUCUAUCCUCUGGGGUGUCUGUGUGGAAUGCACUAGUUUUUGAAAUUGUGAUGACAUUUGGGUUGGUAUACACAGUUUAUGCCACAGCAGUGGAUCCAAAGAAAGGGAAUGUGGGCAUUGUUGCUCCAAUUGCCAUUGGUUUUCUUGUGGGAGCCAAUAUCUUAGUUGGUGGUGCUUUUGAUGGUGCAUCAAUGAACCCAGCUGUGUCCUUUGGGCCUGCUGUUGUUAGCUGGACCUGGACUCAUCACUGGGUCUAUUGGGCUGGCCCAUUCAUGGGAGCAGCACUUGCGGCCAUUAUUUAUGAUAAUAUCUUCAUUGGUGAUGAUGGUCAUGAACCCCUCACAAACAGUGAUUUCUAGAUUUUAUUUUAUUUUGUUUUAAUUUAUUGUAUGGAGGAGUGAAUAAAUUGUUGAAGAUUUCAACUCCUUUUGAGAUGGUUAGGAACUAUAACAAAUUUUGAGUGCUUUAUAAUUUUGUUGUAGAAUUUAAGAUUUCCCAUUCUUUGAUGUAAUAGAGAUGAACUAGGAAAUUUCUGGCUGUAUUCUUACUUGUUAAAUCACUGAACUUGUCAUUUCCUGGAAUUAAUUAUGA